AUGUCAACAUUAGUACAAUCCCAGGUCGUCGGCGAGAAUCUACUGAUGAUCCAAGGCGCCGAUGUCCUCAGACAACUGCUGAACACAUUCCCCUUGGCUGCCAUGAAAGACUUUGUCAUGUUCUGGCUGGAGACUGGCGCUAACAUGUCGCUGGCAGAGCCAUUUGUCGAAAAGUGCACUGAAAACAUGACUCACCUGUUCACCUCGUUCUCACAGGAAGACAAUUGGCACUUGGCGUAUGCGCAACGACUAACACAAAACUCUCGAGCGCCCUUGGAAAUCAGAACAACUACCAAUAUAUCAGACUUCUCUGCUCAGUUCCUUGAUCAGAAUUUCCGAUGGGAAAGCCUCGGCAUAUUUCUCUGCGCCGUCAGUCGAGCUACGAUAGCCAUACCCUUCUUCCCGCCUCUCUUUAAGACAGAAAAGGACCAGUUCAUGCUUCGGAAGCUUUCGACCAGUCUAAGUGAUCUUGCGUUAGACAUUGCUCUCUCGCUAGAUUGCUUGAAUGAUAUUCAACUAGUCUUACAAUAUGAGAACUUUAUAAUUCACACUCAUGUUGAUGGGGAUCAAAGCUUCCAUUCAUGGAGCAGACUUGGCAAUGUUGUUUCAUCAAUGUUUGCCCUUGGUUACCACGAGAAUGUCGAAAAAAGCAAACCACCGAUCCCCAACUUCCUAGCAGAACUGAGGAAAGCAGCAUGGGCUAUUACCUAUUCUGCAGAUAAGAAUGUGGCAAUCUUCCUCGGUCGACCACCCCGCAUGAGUAAACGAUUUUGUCAUUUCCAAAUACCAUUAAAUCCACCUAACGCCGAGCUUGGCUCUGUGGCAAAUGCCUGGGACAGAACCACUAGAUGGCAAGAGGACACCCCUUUCUGCUACAGAGCUGGUAUCAGGUGGGCUGCGUUAUGCUCAGCGCUAAAAGAAGAUAUUCUGGAAUUACUUCGCGAUAGGCAGCAAGAAAACUUUGAUCAGAAGGCCAGUGCCAUUCGCGAGAAAGCUGAAAUACAGUGGGCAAAUCUUCCUUUGAAAUUUCGAUUGUCAUCUACAUUGAAGGAAUGCUCUGGCGAUGCUUUCAAGCGUGACAUGCUCGCAAGUAUGCGUCUGGACCAGCUACAUGUCCUCUUCUUACUACAUCUAUCAUUCAUCGACUCUCUGACUGAGCCGGAUCCAUCCAUGAUAGAUGUUUCCGACCAGAUGUUGGGGUUGGUCAUCGAAUCCAUUCUUUUGCGAGACCGUCUCGUUUUCUCUGGGACAUCAUUAGUAUGGAAGAUUGCACACUACGGUCUACCUGCGGUGGGGAUUAUUCUUUUGUCAAUGCUCAAGCAAAGGCAUACAUUGAAUGAGGUCAGGGCUUCGCGAUCAAAAACUUUAUUGAAUCUCGGUAUUCUUGUUGCGCAAGUACAGAUUGGGAGUCUUGUUCGACGCGGAGACCCUAAUUAUGCUUUGGUAUCCAAAGCUACGCAAACCAUUGAAAGAUUCCUUGAUUCAGUCCACCGUGAAGGUACCCAAAUUGCUGCUCAACCACCUUCAAAUCCUGGAGUCAAUGGUGAAUGGGAUACCUUCUUCAGCCAAGAUCUUUGCGAUUUCGAAACCGUCUUCUGGGAAAACCUGGCCGACCAUCCAUCGCUACUGGCUUCAGAUCAUGCUUUACCUCCGAUAUAG